AUGCCAUCUCACCGAGACCGCGCAUCCUCCCCGCCCAAGCGACGCGCAUCAAACAUGGACCACCAGUCUCCAUGGAAGGCUUCCAAGAUGUCGGCGGACGCACCCGAGUUCAAGCCUCGUGCCCAGAAGGACGAGCGGAUGAGCGACGAUGAGGACGCUGCGGUGGCUGCGUCCGGCUCGGCGAUGGGGGGGAGUGCGCCGCUGAGCGCCGAGGCGCGCGAAGCACUCACUGCGGCGGUCGCGCAUGCGCGUGUGACCCGCCCUUUACCCAACUCGAGGCGGGCGGCUGUGGGGGCCAACAUGGUACCGCAGGCAGCAACGGUGCCCAAGACACAUGCAGAGAAGGACAACAAGCGGCGCAUGAUUGUCGUGCUUUCGCAGGCCUGCCUUGAAGCAUACAAGGUGUCGAGCGGGAGCGGAGGCAAGAACGCGGCAGGCAAGGAGGCAAAGUACGCGCUGCUCAACUGCGACGACCACCAGGGUAUUUUGGCGCGCAACGGGCGCGACAUUGCCGACGCGCGGCCCGAUAUCACUCAUCAGUGUCUCCUGACCCUCCUCGAUAGCCCGUUGAACAAGGCUGGCCUGCUCCAGGUUUACAUCCACACGGCCAAGGGCGUGCUCAUCGAGGUCAACCCGAGCGUGCGGAUACCGCGGACGUUUAAGCGUUUCUCGGGUCUUAUGGUUCAACUGCUGCACAAACUGUCGAUUCGCGGCGUACAGGGCUCGGAGAAGCUGUUGCGCGUCAUCAAGAACCCCAUCACAGACCACCUCCCAACCAACACUAUCAAGCUCACUCUUUCGGGCGACGCCCCAACCAUUCGCCUCUCCCAGUUCCUCCCAACCCUCCCAGAGUCGCAUAGCGUGUGCGUCUUUGUCGGCGCCAUGGCACGCGGACCAGACAACUUUGCGGACGCCUAUGUCGACCAGAAAAUCUCCAUCUCCGACUACUCGCUCUCGGCCAGUGUUGCAUGCGGCAAGUUCUGCUGUGCGAUGGAGGAGCUUUGGGACAUUGUCUAG